AUGGAUUCUUAUUGGAAUAAACUUGGUGAUGAUUAUGAAUUGGAUCUUAUAAAAUGGAUGCGUAGAUUUACAAAUGAAAUGAUUUUUAAAAUUUCUACUGGAACAAAAAAUGAUGCUAUAGCUUCUUAUUAUAAUAUGUUAAUCAACAAUAAUAAUAAUAAUUCUUUAAAUGAAAAUUUAAAUGAAUCGAAUAAAUUUAUUGAAUCAAUUGAAACUUAUUUAGCAGGAAUGUUUUAUUUUUUCGCUUUUAAUAAGUUUAGUCGUAAUUAUAUUCCAUUUAUUCGUGGAAAAGCUAAGAAAUUAUUGAAAAAUAAAGAUUAUUUAUUUGAUAAAUUAUAUACUAUUGUUAAAGAAAGAAGGAUUGAGAUUGAAAAUACACCAUUAGAUCAACCACUUCGUCAUGAUAUGUUAACGUCAUUCAUAACCGCGAAUACAUCACGUGAUAUCAACGCUGUGAAACAUGUUGACGACGCUGAUUUAUUAAGACCAAUGACUGAUAAAGAAAUUUUUAGUAAUAUACUCGAAGCAAUGGUCGGAGGUACUGAUUCCACAGCGAAUUUUAUUUGCUUUGUUGUAUAUUAUCUUGGACAUUAUCCAGAAGUGAAACAAAGAUUGAUACAAGAAUUUGAUAGAGUUCUUGGUAAUGAUUUAACAAGACCAAUAACAAAUAAAGAUCUUGAUGAAUUAGAAUAUUGUGAUGCAGUUACAAAAGAAGUAUAUCGUCAUUCUCCUAUAGCUUUUUUUAUUGGUCGUGUAAAUGCUCAAAAUGAUAAUAUUGGAGGUUAUGAUUGGCCAGAAGGAACUACUUUUCAAAUGCUUGCUUCAGCAUUAAUGAAACAUAAAGAUUAUUGGACUGAACCUGAAAAAUUUGAUCCUGAUAGAUUUUAUAGAAUUGAAGAAAGUGAUAAAUAUUUACUUGAAAAGAAAAAAAUGAAGAAUACUUUUCCUAUAUUUGGUGGUGGUAUUAGAAUUUGUCCUGGAAGAAAAUUAGCAAUUAUAGAAUUAAAAUGUUUAUUAAUCUUAAUUUAUAGAAAAUAUGAUGUUGAAUUAGUUGAUAUGAAUUCUCCAUUAAAAUUUACUUCUGAUUUUAUUAAUGUUUGUACGGAAUUAAUGGUUAAGAUUAAACCAAGAAAAUUUCAACAUAACUGA